AAGCGCAGCCGCCGCGGGGAGCGCGCCCGCGCACACGUGCGCGCCGACGGCGACGAGAUGAUGAUGAUGCUCACCUACUCCAUGGUGCCGGUCCGAGUGAUGGUGGAUUUGUGUAACAGCACAAAGGGGAUAUGUUUAACAGGCCCCCCAGGACCCCCAGGGCCUCCUGGGCUGCCUGGCUACAAUGGAUCAGAUGGAAUCCCAGGAACUCCAGGACAAAAGGGAGAACCAGGAGUAAAUGGAAAAAGAGGAAAAAUAGGUUUGCCAGGACCAAAAGGUGAUCAAGGACAGAAAGGAGAACCAGGAGAAAUGGGUUUGCCUGGCAAGGAUGGUAUGCCAGGAGGAAAAGGUGCAAGGGGAUCCAAGAGAAAAAAGGGGGAUGCAAACAAUGAUGUGAUAUUAGAAGGUGCAAAAGGUGAGCCUGGACCACCUGGGCCCCCUGGACCUCCUGGACCCCCAGGGCCUCCAGGUAAACGUAAAGGUAAAGCCAAAGUGGAGCUUCAGGAGAACAUCUACAGCAGCAAAUGCACAGAUGAGAUAUGUGGUGUACCAAAUGAUGAUACCCUCGCUGGAAAGGCUGAAGACAGAACCCCAGAACCCCCUUCAAAAAAAGCUGAAUGUGUCAUAACGUCUGUAGGAAGUCCUGAUCAGUAUGUCAGUGUACAGCAAACGUUUGGAACUUGGAUGAGGGAACCUGCCAACAUAAGUGAUGAAAGGAUUUGGCUCACCAUGCAUUUUUUAGGAAACUAUAUUAAAGAAUAUGAAAAUUUCGAUGCCUUGCUGAAUGGCAGCUACAGGAUCAUUAACAUCACAGGACUUUUCUAUGGAUGUGGUCAUGCAGUACAAAACAAUCAUCUCUACUACCAUCAGGGAGGAACCAGUUACAUUCAGAAGUUCGGGCUCGAUAAAGACUCGCAGCACACCCUGCACAUCAAAAAGGCCUUACACCAGGGCAAGAACUACCUCUUCUCUAACUCCAAGACGUAUUUCAACAUAGCAGUGGAUGAGAAGGGUCUUUGGAUUAUAUAUGCAUCAAGCAUUGAUGAAAAUAUAAUGGUAGCCAACAUUGAUGAAGAAAGCUUCUCAGUCAAUUGGCACAUCAAUACCACCUAUCCUAAAUCCAAGGCUGGUAAUGCAUUCAUAGCCUGUGGCAUUCUGUAUGUUACUGACACUAAGGACAUGACAGUAAGUUUUGCUUUUGAUUUACUGAAAGGGAAGCAGAUUGAUGCAAGGUUUAAGUUACGGUCUUCACAGUCUAUUCUUGCUAUGCUGUCGUACAGUCUGCGAGACAAGAAUUUGUACACGUGGGAGAAUGGAAGCUUAAUGGUAUACCCAGUCCGUUUUGGCACAUGAAUAUAUUUUCACAUGCCACCUUUGACUACAGCAUCUGUUUAAACUCUAUGACAUACACAUGGGAGUCUCUUCACUUGGAAUAAUUUUCUGUUUGCUGCUGGUGGUGUGUAAGUGUGUAUGAAAGGGAGAUCAGGUGCCUUUGUUUAAACACACUUCAAUUACAUAGGCCAUCCUCAUAUUUUUAAAAAAUUGUUGUUCACUAUUGCGGAUAGCACACAGCAUAGACAUACUUUUGUUUUUCCUGUUACUCAGCUGAUAAUUGUGUCUAAUGUACAUUGAUUAUUCCAUCAGCAGAGACUAUUUGUAACUUUUAUUUACCAUCAUCUUCUCUGCAAUAAUUUUCUAGUCAGUGAUGACAGUCUAAUAUAAACACCUAAAUAAUGAACUUUUGUGUACAAA